UGGUUUUCCUCCUCCAACCCUUCCGGCCAAAGACGCGGCGAUGCCGACGGGGCGAUGCCGACAGGCCUUCAAGGGCCUUCACUCGGAGAACCCGAACCGGCACGCGCGAUGCGCCGAGAACCCGACGAAUGCGCCCGAGCGGGGCGAGAAAAAGCCCAGAGGAAAACGGCCUCGCUGCCGGGCAGUGGUUGUAGUGUUUCGCAGAGGCUGGUAGUGGUUGGUCAUUGGUAAGUAUGUGACAUGUCUCACAUGUCACAGUGAUCAACAGGUGUCUAGAACAUCACCUUUUAGGCACAAAACAUCACCAGUUGAAAGGUCCUUGCAAGUAAUGUUGGCUUUGUUCAAUUCAAGGGAGCUUGGUCUCAGAUGCAGAUGUGCUUGACCACCUGUUAGACCUUUGGACAUGUGUGAUGUGCCCAAUGUUGUCCAAUCCUUUUCAAAAAGCUUUUUGAGCGCGGGGAUUAUUGAUUAUCAUUGUGAUCCCUCAUGUUGUAGAAUUCAUCAUGCACCUUCCUGGUGGUGUGCCAACAUGAACCAUUAUCAUGAUUCAUGGUCCACUUUUGUGCACACCUGGCAUGGCCUCCUUUCAAGAUUUUUCAGCUCAAACCCCGAACUGAGUGGCCCACGAGCCGUGAUCCUGGUUUUCUUUGAAAUCUUUGAAAAGGAAUUUCUUAGAUCCUUCUUACUCCUCCACUCCUCCGGAACCGAAAAGAACCAAAUCCGGAACCACCACCUGUCGCUUGGGCACCAUCGUUCCACCUGUCGCGUGGCACCGGAACUGCCGGAGCUGCCAGGUGAAACAGCGCUGGAAAGACUGGAGGCCGCUUUGGGGCCACAGGCCCGACUGCUCGCGACCAGUGCUGAGGCGCUGCUUCCGUGCCUCGAAGAACGCUUGAAGAACGCCUUGAUGAAGGAGCUACAGCACCUCCUUGGUCGCACAUCAGGGGCGCUCCCAAGCGAAAAGGAGUUGCGCAGCAUCGGGGCGAUGCCUGUGUGUGUGUGAAUGCACGCGUGUUUGUUUUUUG